UAAUCAGCUGUUUACAUUACCUAUUACAACGUCCGUGCAUGCAUGCGGGGAAUAGAUGAAUGAAGAGGACAAGAGGCACAUGAAGCGUAGCGUCAGUUCGCAUCAUAACGUAUGGUAGUAUAGGUUGAAAGAUUCGUGCGUUAGAUAAUGUCGAUAUCUUGCAGCCAUGUCACCUCAUCUCGAACAGACGCAGAUCCAGAUGCAGACAGAGGUGAGAGGACUGCAGUUUCAGGAAGGAGCCAAGAACAUAGCUCGAAUGGCGAAAUCCCGUUGCGUCGCAUUCACUGUCGGAUUCGGAUGAGAUGUUGACCCCAAGCGAGGAGGGGAGUAGAUGAAAUGCAGACAUUACUUACUAUUGCUACUUGAUAUGAGGUAUGUGAUAGGGUUGUGAGUAAUAAGUAAGUAGGCAGUGGGUAUAAAUAUAUCUAUACAUCGAUCACAUUCGAGUCAAAGCGAGAUAGAUAUAUCGACUCUCCUACUCCUCCUCCUCUGCAACUUAAUGCCCUGCGCCCGAUUCCUGUGAUUAUACAUGUGAGCCUCUAUUCAUAAAUAAUCAGAACAGCAAAUAUGAAACUCACAAGAGGUCUCUCCCUCCUCGUACUCGCGGGCUUUGCCCUCGCAACCCCCAUCGACAAACCCGCUGUGUCCGAGAAGGUCAGCUACGACGGGUAUAAAGCCUACCGCGUCUCCCUGCCCUCCUCCUCUGAUGCAGAUAACGCUUUCUUCGACGACGAAGACACGUCAUUCAUCGAAUUACACCGUCGCCGCGAGAAAAGCGGGACAUGGGCCGUCGAUAUCGCUGUCGCGCCGCGGGAUAUCCCCGCCUUCUUCGAAGUCGUGGGACGUGAUAAUGUAGCGGUGUCCGUUUUAUCGCACGAUCUGGGCGCGGAUUUCGCGGCUGAGAGUGUUGAGUCUGUUUCGAAAGGAAAAGAAGGAGAGGGAAAGGGAGAAGGAGAAAGAGAGAGACGAUUACCUGGUCUAGAAUGGUUCGAUGCGUAUCAUCCGUAUGCUGACCAUGUGACGUACUGGGCGGACUUGCAUGCUGCCUUUCCGAAUAAUUCGGAACUCAUUGUUGCGGGGACGUCGUUUGAGGGACGGCCUGUGCAGGGGAUUCAUCUUUGGGGGAAAGGUGGGAAGGAUUCGAAGGAGGCGAUUUUCUUCAAUGGGAAUGUGCAUGCUAGGGAGUGGAUAACUUCUAUGGUCGUCGAGUAUAUCCUCUACCAGAUCGUCACUGGGUAUGAAACCGACGAGUUGGUUCAGAAAGUUUUGGAUAACUACGACUUUUACGUUUUACCUGUCGUUAAUCCCGACGGCUUCGUCUACACCCAAACAACAAACCGCCUCUGGCGCAAAAACCGCCAAAUCCGUAGUAACACGACGGCCAUCGGGACAGACAUCAACCGCAACUGGGCCGUAGGCUUCGGCGGCGACGGAUCCUCGCCGAACCCGUCCUCGGAGACCUUCAGCGGGUUCGCGCCCUUCGAUGCCCCUGAGACGGCGGCCCUCGCCACGUACACGCGGAAGCUGAGGGAUUUACACGGCAUCAAGCUCUAUGUCGACUGGCAUAGUUAUGCGCAGACUAUACUCCUCUCGUACGGGUACACGUGUACGGAUUUCCCGGGCAAUUAUGACGAGCAGUAUGAUCUUGCGCAGGGUAUUGCGAGCGCGAUUAAGGGGGUGUAUGGGACUGCUUUUGAGUAUGGGUCUGGAUGCUUGGUUCUGUACCAGUCCAGCGGUAAUGGCAGGGAUUAUGUAACGGAUGUCGGCAAGGCUCAGUUUGGCUGGGGUAUCGAGCUCAGAGAUACGCAGUACGGCUUCAUGUUGCCGCCGGAACAGAUCUUGCCUAGCGGGAUUGAGAUUUGGGAGGGCUUGAAAUACGCGUGGACUCAGUUCUAAGGUCUGAGGACCUAGAGGGAGUGAGAGAGCAGUAGUGCCUUGGUUCUGAGAUGAAGAUAGUUUGCCUGCUUAUCUAGUCAGUCACCUCUUUGCGAAGGUGGACAGAGAGAAAGUAUCUAGGAACUUCACGUCAGGAUAAUAUUAGCGAAUCAUGAUCUUCAGAAUAUUGGUAUCGAACGGUAAUUAGAUUUAAAUAAUUAGCUAGCUGUGAUAUGCCCAGUACCACUCCCCAACUCACUAUCCAUUCAUCUACGUCCCUUUCCUCUUUGACCUCCUACUACUCGUCGGCACUAUUUCCUCACUACCACCACCGUCAUCCGCCUCUUUCCUCCUCUCAGGGUACAUCUCGAUCUCGCCCUCCGCCCCAAUGACCCCCGUCCGAUCGAGAUUCGUCCGCGACCGCACGUACGGGUCGAGUUUCCAGUAAUUAGACCACAGCGCUUCCACAGCGUUGAUCCGUAGCUGCGCUUGGAUCGCGGCCUCCUCGUGCUCACCGACUUCUUCGUGUUUGAU